AUGGUCGAGCUUCUUGCCAUCAACCCCAAGAGGGGCGACGACAAGUUCUACCGCUACAAGAUGCCCAGACUCCAAGUCAAGGUCGAAGGCAAGGGCAACGGUAUCAAGACCGUUGUUGUCAACCUGAGCACCAUCGCUCAGUCCCUUGCCCGCCCCGGAGGCCAUGUCAUCAAGUGGUUUGGACUUGAUCUCGGUGCUCAAACCAACAUGGAUCCCCCGGAUGACCGCUGGAUCAUCAACGGCGCCCACGAUGGCGAGACUCUGCAAAAGUCUCUGUUCGUCUUUAUUGAGAAGUACGUUCUCUGUGACGACUGUGGCAAUCCCGAAACCGACCUCACCAUCAAGGAUGAUGUUGUUCGCAAGGAUUGCAAGGCCUGUGGUGCCCGCAGCAAGCCUCUUGUCCACUCCAACUUGAUCAACUUCAUCCUGAAGACCCAGACCAAGAAGGGCAAAAAGUCCAAGACUACAAAGGCUGAGCGCCAGGCUGCUCGCAGAGCCAAGCAGUUGGGCCUGCAGAAUGGCGAGAACGGUAACGCUAGCGGUGGCGAUGAUAACUCGGAGAAUGGCUCCAACGAGAAUGGUGAAGACGAGGCAGGCGAGGCCGGUAGCGACGACGAGUUUACCCGUCAAAUCAAUGCCGCCGCUCAGGACAUUGACGCCCCCAAGGAAGUCAAGGAUGAUGAUUGGGCUGUCGACAUGUCUGAGGAGGCCGUCAAGGCCCGUCAGAACAGGCUCCCAACCGAGUUCCGCGACAAGCUCGUCCUUGAGGGUGCUGACGAGGAUGAAGAUGGCGAGGCCAGUGGCCCCACCGUCUAUGACGAACUUGGCAACUGGAUUCUGGAAAAGGCUACAGAGACUGGAGGCAUUGACAAAGUCGAAGACCUUGCCAUUUACAAAAAGGCCAAGGAGCUGAACAUUGAGGCCAAGCACAAGACCGUCAUGGUCCUUGUUCAGGCCCUGUUCACCGCCGACAUUGUCACUCAGAUCCCCAAGCGUGCUGGUCUUCUCAAGCAGUUCCUCAAGGACCCCGAGAACCCUAGCAAGAUCUCCGAGCGUCACGAAAAGGCACUGAUGGGAGGAAUCGAGUGCCUUUUGGCCAAGGAGGGCAAGAAAAACCCCAAGUUGCUGACCGCUGAUGUUGUUUCCAACAAGAUCCUGUACCAGCUGUACGACCAGGAACUCAUCUCUGAGGAGUUUGUCCGCAAGUGGGGUAGCAAGGCCAGUAAGAAGUACUGCGAUCUCUCCACUUCUCGUUCCAUCCGCAAGGCUGCCGAGCCCUUUAUCAAGUGGCUCGACGAGGCUGACGAGGAGUCUUCCGAGGAGGAGGACUAA